UGCAAAAUUUUUGGGAUGAGGUAUAUGCAGUACUGUUUGGUGUUGAUGUGCAGGAAUUUGGGUGUUGCUCUAUACUUCUGUUUUGACGUCAGCGGAUGGGCGCGCGCGCGGUGGCGUCGUCGCUGGCGUGCGUACGCGCGCGACUGCAAACGCUCGCCUUCGCCGGCCGACCAUGCGCGCAGUGCACACGCGCCGCGCACACACACCGCGCGCACCAUGCUUAACAUGAAGCUAAAGGAACGCCUCGCGCUCACCAUCAGCGCACUACUAGUCUUCUUCACCCUCAUGCUCAUCGUCGACCUUCAAAUGGACUAUGGCAUCUCGGGACACAGGGUCCCUUUGCACGGCCGCGUCCGGAUGGGAGACGACGCGGAUAAGGGCCGAUCCGCUUACAUAGAGUUUCGGAAACGGUUCCUGCAAAAAAGCAAUGGCAAUAGUUCCCGAGAGUACGAGCAGUCAGCACCAAGCGAGACGAGUGGUGGGGGUGGGGGUGGUGGGGACGCCGAGCCCCGCACACCAGCGCCCCCUGCCGACCGCUAUGAAGAUCUACUGUGGAUUAUCCAUGAACAGCUCAAUGGUGGAGCUGAGAACAACGCGGUUGUUAUACCACCACAUAAAGAUAUGAACAUCCUGAGGGCGGAAAACCCAACUAUCGGCGAGAUGGAAGACUUGGAGCCGAGUUUAAAUGCAUCGAAUCUGGAGAAGUUCCAGCUGAAAAUAGCUCAACACGAGCUGUAUGAAGAAAACGAACCGUUGGUGAAUGCAGUACUCAAAGAUAUGGCUACAUCACCUAUCAUCCACGCAGAGCAAAAAGAAGGAGGCACACAACUGAAGCUGAUCAUUGACUACCCAAAUGGAGUACAGGCGCUCUUCAAACCAAUGAGAUUUGCAAGAGAUGUACAGACAUUACCGAACCAUUUCUACUUUUCGGACUACGAGCGACACAACGCUGAAAUUGCCGCGUUUCAUCUAGACAGGAUAUUAGGAUUCCGUCGCGCCAUGCCGGUCGUGGGCAGGGUUCUCAACAUGACCACGGAAAUAUAUGACGUCACAGAAGGAGAAAUCCUCAAGACAUUCUUCGUGUCACCAGCCAACAACUUCUGCUUUCAUGGAAAAUGCUCGUACUACUGUGACACGGGGCACGCGAUUUGUGGCAACCCUGACAUGUUGGAAGGGAGUUUCGCAGCGUUUCUACCCUCAAAUGAAAUUGCUGAACGAAAGGUUUGGCGACAUCCCUGGAGAAGAUCAUAUCACAAAAGAAGAAAAGCACAGUGGGAACUGCAGUCAGACUAUUGUGAGACAGUACGCACGACGCCACCCUACGACACCGGGCGGCGGUUGCUUGACCUUAUGGACAUGUCCAUCUUUGAUUUCCUCUCCGGGAACAUGGACAGACAUCAUUACGAAACAUUCAAAAUGUUCGGGAAUGAGACUUUCACGCUGCACCUGGACCAGGGCCGUGCCUUCGGGAAGGCCUUCCAUGAUGAGCUCAGCAUCCUGGCUCCUCUGCUGCAGUGCUGCUUCGUACGGCACACCACUUUAGCUACCUUACUUAAGCAUCAUAACGAAGAGCCGCUUUCGAAAGUCUUGCGGGAAUCCCUGAAAGCCGAUCCCUUAAACCCGGUGCUGUGGGAACCACACCUCGCCGCUCUAGACAGGCGGGUCGUCAUUAUACUUGACGCCAUUAGAAAAUGCUUGCACAAACAGGACACCAUGGUAGAGCGAAUGUGGGCAUAGCAAGGAAAACAAUAAUUAAGUGAAAGAAUGUGAUAUUUGGAUGAUUCAAUAAGGGUUGUUGCAAUCAGUGACAUUGUGCUAGUCGACGCGUCUCGUGUUAUCGUGUAGCGAGUAAGCUUGUGGUCUAAGUUUGACCCACAAAAUUUUAGAUAAGUGUGUUAAAUUAUGAAAUAGUUACAAUAACGUAUGUUCGCAAGCUUUUCUAUUGUUCCUGGCCCAUUCUUUGGUGUGGUUGCUUUUGAUUUUUUUAGUUUUUAGAGUUUUCUUUGUAGAAAGGUAUUGUUAAACUUAUAAAAAACCUUAUCUAAAAUAAAGUGGGUCUGAAAUGGCAGAUCUUGUUCCAUCAAAUCAAUGCAACAGAUCUUUGGUUCAGUGUAAGACUUUUAGACGUAAGUAUAUAAGUGCCAAAGAUUGUCCAAAUGAAUUUCAAAUACUGCGAGUAAUUUUAGAACCAUUCCACUGAACGUAGCCGAAGGUGAGCCAUUAUAUGCCAAAUAUAAAGGAACUAUUGCCGGAAUUUAGUUCCGCACAUAGAAAUGACAAUUAGGCUCUCAAACUGUAACAGUAUUGUAUAAAUGCGAAAUUUUUUAAGAUACUUUUUGUGUAUAUUUUGAGAUAAAAAAAUAUGAGACUUAUGUUGUAAGUGUAAUGCAAGUACUGUACAUAAAUUAGAAAUAUACAUAUUUGAUGUAAUUUUAAGUGAACUAUAAGAUGUUAAUAGAUAAUUUGUUAUUGUAUGUACGAAAUAUUCGCUAUAUCUUUAAUAGCUGUGAACUGUUACCAUAGCUCGAAGCUCAAGGAAACAUAUCAUAUUACUUUAUGAUAGUAUUUACAGCCUUACAGAAAAUAUAACCGCUACAUUAUAAUUAUUCCCAAAUCGGAAAAUAACCUUGACAUCUAUUAUCAUUGUAAGGUCAAAAGCCGAAAAAUACUGAUAGCUCAAAUGUUUAAGAAAAAGAAAAAAUUGUAUUUAAAGUAGAAGAAAAAUGUAUGGGCAGCUGCAUGUCAAAAAGGAGCCUCUAUAAAUAGUCUCUCUGAUUUUGAAUUAAUUUUUUGACAUGAUGAAACGGCUGAAAAUCAAAUGAUUUUAAAUAGGAAAAAAAUGAAAUCAGUUGGUUGUAUAAAAAUGUCUCCUUUUGAUAAUUAUUAUAAAGUUAUAUGUUUGAGUACUGAACUUUACGAAAGAGCAAGAAUUGACGCACGAAGCAGGAAUUUUGUGCUACAUUUAUUUUUGAGGCUAUAAAUGUCUAAUCAUUAUCGCAGUCUACUCAAAUUACCAAUUAUAAAACACCCAUUAAAUGUUAUUAAGAUAGUGUCUUCAAAAGAAUACUAACCUAUUUAUUUUACUAGAACAUGUGAUCUCGAAAAUGUGUCGUUUAGAUUAUUAUAUAUUCAUGUUUCUGAAUUUGUUUUUUAAAUAUGUAAUGUUUAUCUUUAUCCUUGGAUUUUGUUUUGAUAUCAUGGAUGUAAUAUAAAAAUUAUUAUUAAAAUCAUACCUUGUGCUUGUAACCGCUACGGUUCACUAGCAUUUUAUACUAAACAUAUUGACGAUUUUACCGAUUAUGAAAAAAAAUUCAAUGACAGUAAUAAGCGUCAUAUGAACCCUCUACAGAGAAUUUGCUCAUUAACGGUGAAGUAUAUUUGGUUCUUGGUAAAAAUAUAUUUUAUUAUUAUUUGUUUAUAAAAUGUUGUUACCAAUGAAUGGUUGACUCGACCUGAAUUCGUCACUAAAUUUUUGACCUUUUUUAUAUCUAUCAACAAAUCAAUCCUUUUCGAACUUUGUCUAAAUUGAAAUAUGAGCCGGGAUGAAAAUAAAAUUCUGGGUUUUCUCAUAAACAAAAUUAUAAUUAAAUGCAACAACUUUUAAACAUUUCUUAACAAAACGGCAAAUUAACACAACGGCAAAGCAAAACAUUUUUUAAUAAACGGCCAGUGAAAAGAGUGAAAUAAGGUAGUGACUUAAAGGGCUUAUGAGUAAAUUUGGAGUGUUGUUAAGAUAAAAAAGAAAACAUUUUAUUCUAAGAGUCAAUAAACACUUUUAUAAUUAGUUGGUAAACGAAACAACCAUUCGAGUUUACGUAUAGAUAAGUUGAGUUUACCUUUUUUUAAUAUCUACUUAAGAUUUAUCUUUUUCAAAUAUGCCUCACCGUUGAACCUUUCAUUUUGUAUUUAAGAUAUGUAAAGAAAUAGUUGCUCAUUAUUCUGAACGAUUGUUUGUUAGAGUCAACUUGCCAAAGACGUACAAUCACCAGCAUUAAGAUGUAAUGUAAUAAACAUUUCCAAAUUUCUUUAGUUACACAUAUUGCAGGUAAUAUGUGUAACUUCAGAAUUAUGUUAUUGCUCGCGACUGUACCUACGAAUAUAAUGUAAAAUGUGUUGUAAGUUGUGAUGCUGAAAUGCAAUCUGUUGGUUGUUUGUAAUUAAAGUUAAUACAGACAGGG